AUAUUUGGAGGCAGGAUCAGACUUGUGUAAAUCAUUGAGCUGCCUGUUUUUGCACAGUUCCUUCUGUGUGUUAUAGUGUCUCAGUCUCCAGUUUCUUCUUCUGUUUGGCAGUUCAUGGUAAUGAGGAUAAAAUGCACGUAAUAACCAGAAGCUGUGUCCUAUUGUUCUGGAUGCAGACGCUGACCUUCGUCAAAAGUCAAGAUCUUCCCAAAGGUUGUACACUUCAAAAUUUUCGAAAUGGGCCCUUGUUUGAUUCCAAUUUCGACACAACUGGUCUGGAGGCCGAGUACCCCGCCGGGAAAACGAUAAGAGUGAGCUGCAGUGUUGGUUUCAGUGGUUUUUUCAAACUGAGCUGUGUCGAGGGUAAAUGGGAAAAGAAAGGCACGAUAUGUCAACCGAGGUCAUGCGGCCAUCCUGGUGACGCCCCGUUUGCCGAUUUUCAACUGUCGGUAGGAGACGAUUUCGUCUUCGGAUCACAGGUUCUAUACACCUGCCACAAGGGGUAUCAAAUGGUCAGUCGGAUUAGCCACCGACGUUGCAUGUCAGAAGGCUGGGAUGGCGUUGUUCCUACGUGUGAAGCCCAACAGUGCCCAGUGAUCAAUGUGGCCACCAACCUGCAGGUGAUCGGGGACCCGGAGGAAGCAAACUUUGGCAACGUUGUUAGAUUCAGCUGCAAGAUCAGGUCGGAGGUCCUGAUCGGAUUACAAGAGCUCCACUGUGAUGAGAAGGGAGAGUGGAGCGGAGAAGCUCCAAUCUGUAAAGCGAUAACUUGUCUGGUACCUGUUAUUGAAAAUGGCAGAGUGCCUGGAAACAUCCAAGAGUACCAGGAACAUGACUUCCUGCGUUUCCAGUGCAAUGCAGGAUUCAAGCCCAGUGAAGAGAGAGCCUCAAAAUGCACAAAACUCGGGUUAAGAGCCGGGUGGAGCCCCGCUCCUGAAUGCAAACUGAUUACUUGCAAACUGCAACUGCCGUCACUCUAUGGAACCGAGUAUGACCCUUCUUACAAAAGCGAGUUUUCACCUGGGGAAACAGUCUCAGUGACAUGUGGACAGCGCCACUGGAUUUCUGACAAACUGCAAAGAUCAGCAGUGGUCUCAUGCAAAGAGGAUGGACAGUGGUCUCUCAGACCCAUUUGCCAAGAGGUUACAUGCAGCAAUCAACGAGAUCGGCACGUGUCUUGGUGGGACGUCUCCUGGGGACAACAGCUGAAAUUGUGGGAUGAUGUUAGAUAUUCGUGCAAAUCAGGCUACAAGAAGACGGGUGCUGCACCAAGUGCCAGGUGCACCAGAGAGGGCUGGAAACCAGAUCCAUUGUGUCAAGCUAUCACAUGUGACAGAGAAGACGUCGCGAAUGCAGAUAUUAUCAACCCUCAAGACAAAUACAGGUACGGUGGUCAGGCCAAUUAUGUCUGCAAGGACGGUUAUGAAGGACGGUUUGAUCGCACCUGUGGAACAAAUGGAUGGAGCGGAGCAUCACAAUGUAGAGAGAAAGGGUGUAAAAAACAAGACAUCAGCGAAGCACACAUUAACCACAAUGUCAGACACAGUUACAGCCACGGUGAUAGAGUCCAGUACGUCUGCAAUGAAGGUGACCAGAGACCUUUCACUAUCGUCUGUGAAAAAGGAGUUUGGACCGGGAUUCAGAGCUGCACAGAUUGUCCGAAAGCUGAAGUUUCUAAUGGAUUCUUUGCUGGUCCGUACGGUGGCAAACUGUACUACACCUGUGAUGAAGGUUACAAGCUUGUCACCAGCGGCUGGUGGGCUGAGGCUGAGUGUCAUGAUCGCCUGUGGUCUGGACUUUAUCGAUGCAUCGAGAAGAACGCAUGUGGAGAAGUGCCUGAGAUCUCUAACCGGGAGGUGAGUUCUCUACCUCUACGUAGUCAUCAUGCAGAUGGCCAAAGUGUCAGGAUUAUAUGUAAGGAGGGAUUCGCCAGCAAGGUGGAGAGCUUAACCUGUGACGCUGGAAUAUGGACCCCAGAAGGACUGUCACUCACAACAAUCUGUGCACCUGUUGCCAAGUCCUGCAGUCCUCCACCGAAGGUUCAAAACGCUGUGGUUGAUGGUAUGUAUCAGAGGGAGUUCUUGUCCGGCUCUGACGUGACGUAUCAGUGCCGGGCAACUCACCAGAUGGAGGGAGACGGCAAGAUUAGAUGCGACGAUGGGAAUUGGGAGGUGCGCAACAUCGUGUGUGCACUGAUAAGUUGUCCGGUACCUGAGAUUGAAAAUGGCAGAGCGUCUGAAGAUGUCCAAGAGUACAAGGAACAUGACUUCCUGCGUUUCCAGUGCAAUCCAGGAUUCAAGCCAAGUGAAGACACACCCUCAAAAUGCACAAAAAAACUCGGGUUAAGAGCCGGGUGGAGCCCCGCUCCUGAAUGCAAACCGAUAACUUGCACACUUGAACUGCCGUCACUCGAUGGAACCGAGUAUGACCCUUCUUCCAAAAGCGAGUUUUCACAUGGGGACACAGUCACAGUGACAUGUGGACAGAGCCACUGGAUUUCUGACCAACUAAAAACAUCAGCAGUGGUCUCAUGCAAAGAGGAUGGACAGUGGUCUCUCAGACCCGUUUGCCAAGAGGUUACAUGCAGCAAUCUAAAAGAUCCGGAUGUGUCUUGGUGGGGCGUCUCCCGGGGACAACAGCCGAAAUUGGGGGAUGAUGUUGAAUAUCGAUGCAAAUCAGGCUACAGGAGCACAGGUCGUGCCACCAGUGCCAGGUGCACCAGAGAGGGCUGGAAACCAGAUCCAUUGUGUCAAGCGAUAACUUGUCUGGUACCUGUGAUUGAAAAUGGCAGAGUGCCUGGAAACAUCCAAGAGUACAAGGAACAUGAGAUCCUGCGUUUCCAGUGCAAUCCAGGAUUCCAGCCCAGUGAAGACAGACCCUCAAAAUGCACAAAACUCGGGUUAAGAUCCGGGUGGAGCCCCCCUCCUGAAUGUGAACCGAUAAAUUGCACACUGGAAUUGCCGUCACUCCAUGGAACCGAGUAUGACCCUGCUACCAAAAGCGAGUUUUCACCUGGGGAAACAGUCUCAGUGACAUGUGGACAGAGCCACUGGAUUUCUGAUCAAACAUCAGCAGUGGUCUCAUGCAAAGAGGAUGGACAGUGGUCUCUCAGACCCGUUUGCCAAGAGGUUACAUGCAGCAAUCAACAAGAUCAGCACGUGUCUUGGUGGGGCGUCUACCAGGGACAACAGAUGAAAUUGCAGGAUGAGGUUAGAUUUCGAUGCAUACAAGGCUACAAGAAGACGGGUGGUGCCACCAGGGCCACGUGCACCAGAGAGGGCUGGAAACCAGAUCCAUUGUGUCAAGCUAUCACAUGUGACAGAGAUGAUAUCACGAAUGCAGAUAUUAUCAACCCUAGAGACAAAUACAGGAUCAAUGAUCGGGCCAAUUAUGUCUGCAAGGACGGUUAUGAAGGACGGUUUUAUCGAACCUGUGGAGAAAAUGGAUGGAGCGAAACAUCACAAUGUAGAGAGAAAGGAUGUAAAAAACAAGACAUCAGUGAAGCACACAUUGACCACAAUGUCAGGGACAGUUACAGCCACGGUGAUAGAGUCCAGUACGUCUGCAAUGAAGGUGACCAGAGACCUUUCACUAUCGUCUGUGAAAAAGGAGUUUGGACCGGGAUUCAGAGCUGCACAGAGGUUACAUGCAGCAAUCAAAAAGAUCCGCUCGUGGAUUGGUGGGCCGUCUCCCGGGGACAACAGAUGAAAUUGGGGGAUGAGGUUAGAUAUUCGUGCAAAUCAGACUACGAGAAGACGGGUCGUGCCACCAGUGCAAGGUGCACCAGAGAGGGCUGGAAACCAGAUCCACUGUGUCAAGUGAUAAGUUGUCUGGUACCUGUGAUUGAAAAUGGCAGAGUGCCUGGAAACAUCCAAGAGUACCAGGAACAUGACAUCCUGCGUUUCCAGUGCAAUCCAGGAUUCCAGCCCAGUGAAGACAGACCCUCAAAAUGCACAAAACUCGGGUUAAGAGCCGAGUGGAGCCCCGCUCCUGAAUGUAAACAGAUAACUUGCAAACUGCAACUGCCGCCACUCUAUGGAACCGAGUAUGACCCUUCUUCCAAAAGCGAGUUUUCACAUGGGGACACAGUCAACGUGACAUGUGGACAGCGCCACUGGAUUUAUGACAAACUAAAAACAUCAGCAGUGGUAUCAUGCAAAGAGGAUGGACAGUGGUCUUUCAGACCUGUUUGCCAAGAGGUUACAUGCAGCAAUCGACGAGAUCAGCACGUGUCUUGGUGGGGCGUCUACCGGGGACAACAGCCAAAAUUGUGGGAUGAGUUUAGAUAUGGAUGCAUACAAGACUACAAGAAGACGGGUGAUGACAGAACCAGUGCCAGGUGCACCAGAGAGGGCUGGAAACCAGAUCCAUUGUGUCAAGCUAUCACAUGUGACAGAGAUGAUAUCGCGAAUGCAGAUAUUAUCAACCCUAGAGACAAAUACAGGAUGAAUGAUCGGGCCAAUUAUGUCUGCAAGGACGGUUAUGAAGGACGGUUUGAUCGCACCUGUAGAGAAAAUGGUUGGAGUGGACCCUCACAAUGUAUAGAGAAAGGAUGUAAAAAACAAGACAUCAGUGAAGCACACAUUGACCACAAUGUCAGGGACAGUUACAGCCACGGUGAUAGAGUCCAGUACGUCUGCAAUGAAGGUGACCAGAGACCUUUCACUAUCGUCUGUGAAAAAGGAGUUUGGACCGGGAUUCAGAGCUGCACAGAUUGUCCGAAAGCUGAAGUUCCUCAUGGAUUCUUUGCUGGUCCGUACGGUGGCAAACUGUACUACACCUGUGAUGAAGGUUAUAAGCUUGUCACCAGCGGCUGGUGGGCUGAGGCUGAGUGUCAUGAUCGCCUGUGGUCUGGACUUUAUCGAUGCAUCGAGAACACCACAUGUGGAGAAGUGCCUGAGAUCUCUAACCGGGAGGUGAGUUCUCUACGUCUACGUAGUCAUCAUGCAGAUGGCGAAAGUGUCAGGAUUAUAUGUAAGAAGGGAUUCGCCAGCAAGGUGGAGAGCUUAACCUGUCACGCUGGAGAAUGGACUUCAGAAGGACUGUCACUCACAACAAUCUGUGCACCUGUUGCCAAGUCCUGCAGUCCUCCACCGAAGGUUCAAAACGCUGUGGUUGAUGGUAUGUAUCAGAGUGAGUUCUUGUCCGGCUCUGACGUGACGUAUCAGUGCCGGGCAACUCACCAGAUGGAGGGAGACGGCAAGAGUAGAUGCAACGAGGGGAAUUGGGAGGUGCACAACAUCGUGUGUGCACUGAUAAGUUGUCCGGUACCUGUGAUUGAAAAUGGCAGAGCUUCUGAAGAUGUCCAAGAUUACAAGGAACAUGACAUCCUGCGUUUCCAGUGCAAUCCAGGAUUCCAGCCCAGUGAAGACAGACCCUCAAAAUGCACAAAACUCGGGUUAAGAGCCGGGUGGAGCCCCGCUCCUGAAUGUAAACAGAUAACUUGCAAACUGGAACUGCCGCCACUCUAUGGAACCGAGUAUGACCCUUCUUCCAAAAGCGAGUUUUCACAUGGGGACACAGUCAACGUGACUUGUGGACAGCGCCACUGGAUUUCUGACCAACUACAAACAUCAGCAGUGGUCUCAUGCAAAGAGGAUGGACAGUGGUCUCUCAGACCCGUUUGCCAAGAGGUUACAUGCAGCAAUCAACGACAUCAGCACGUGUCUUGGUGGGGCGUCUACUGGGGACAACAGCUGAAAUUGGGGGAUGAGGUUAGAUAUGGAUGCAUACAAGGCUACAAGAAGACGGGUGAUGCCACCAGGGCCACGUGCACCAGAGAGGGCUGGAAACCAGAUCCAUUGUGUCAAGAGGUUACAUGCAGCAAUCGACGACAACAGCACGUGUCUUGGUGGGGCGUCUACUGGGGACAACAGCUGAAAUUGUGGGAUGAGGUUAGAUAUGGAUGCAUACAAGGCUACAAGAAGGCGGGUGAUGCCACCAGGGCCACGUGCACCAGAGAGGGCUGGAAACCAGAUCCAUUGUGUCAAGCUAUCACAUGUGACAGAGAUGAUAUCGCGAAUGCAGAUAUUAUCAACCCUCAAGACAAAUACAGGAUCGAUGAUCAGGCCAAUUAUAUCUGCAAGGACGGUUACGAAGGAGAGUUCUAUCGAACGUGUGGAGAAAAUGGUUGGAGCGGAACCUCACAAUGUAGAGAGGUUACAUGCAGCAAUCAACGACAACAGCACGUGUCUUGGUGGGGCGUCUACUGGGGACAACAGCUGAAAUUGUGGGAUGAGGUUAGAUAUGGAUGCAUACAAGGCUACAAGAAGACGGGUGAUGCCACCAGGGCCACGUGCACCAGAGAGGGCUGGAAACCAGAUCCAUUGUGUCAAGCCAUCACAUGUGACAGAGAUGAUAUCGCGAAUGCAGAUAUUAUCAACCCUCAAGACAAAUACAGGAUCGAUGAUCAGGCCAAUUAUGUCUGCAAGGACGGUUACGAAGGAGAGUUCUAUCGAACGUGUGGAGAAAAUGGUUGGAGCGGAACCUCACAAUGUAGAGCAAUAAUUUGUCUGGCACCUGUGAUUGAAAAUGGCAGAGUGCCUGGAAACAUCCAAGAGUACAAGGAACAUGACUUCCUGCAUUUCCAGUGCAAUCCAGGAUUCCAGCCCAGUGAAGACAGCCCCUCAAGAUGCACAAAACUCGGGUUAAGAGCCGGGUGGAGCCCUCCUCCUGAAUGUAAACCGAUAACUUGCAAACUGCAACUGCUGUCACUCGAAGGAACCGAGUAUGACCCUUCUUCCAAAAGCGAGUUUUCACCUGGGGACACAGUCACAGUGACAUGUGGACAGAGCCACUGGAUUUCUGACCACCUGCAAGCAUCAGCAGUGGUCUCAUGCAAAGAGGAUGGACAGUGGUCUUUCAGACCCGUUUGCCAAGAGGUUACAUGCAGCAAUCGACGACAACAGCACGUGUCUUGGUGGGGCGUCUACCGGGGACAACAGAAGAAAUUGGGGGAUGAGGUUAGAUAUUCGUGCAAAUCAGGCUACAAGAAGACGGGUGGUGCACCCAGUGCCAGGUGCACCAGAGAGGGCUGGAAACCAGAUCCAUUGUGUCAAGCUAUCACAUGUGACAGAGAUGAUAUCACGAAUGCAGAUAUUAUCAACCCUCAAGACAAAUACAGGAAGGGUUGUCAGGCCAAUUAUGUCUGCAAGGACGGUUACGAAGGAGAGUUCUAUCGAACGUGUGGAGAAAAUGGUUGGAGCGGAACCUCACAAUGUAGAGUGAUAAGUUGUCCGGUACCUGUGAUUGAAAAUGGCAGAGCUUCUGAAGAUGUCCAACAUUACAAGGAACAUGACAUCCUGCGUUUCCAGUGCAAUCCAGGAUUCCAGCCCAGUGAAGACAGACCCUCAAAAUGCACAAAACUCGGGUUAAGAGCCGGGUGGAGCCCCGCUCCUGAAUGCAAACAGAUAACUUGCAAACUGGAACUGCCGCCACUCUAUGGAACCGAGUAUGACCCUUCUUCCAAAAGCGAGUUUUCACCUGGGGACACAGUCAACGUGACUUGUGGACAGAGCCACUGGAUUUCUGACCAACUACAAACAUCAGCAGUGGUCUCAUGCAAAGAGGAUGGACAGUGGUCUCUCAGACCCGUUUGCCAAGAGGUUACAUGCAGCAAUCAAAAAGAUCCGCACGUGUCUUGGUGGGACGUCUACCGGGGACAACAGAAGAAGUUGGGGGAUGAUGUUGGAUAUGGAUGCAAAUCAGGCUAUAAGAAGACAGGUGGUGACACCAGGGCCACGUGCAACAGAGAGGGCUGGAAACCAGAUCCAUUGUGUCAAGACAUAACUUGUGAAGUCGGAGAGAUGCAUCCUAGUCUCAGGGCAGAUGGAUUAUCAUCAGGAAAUAAAACACUGAAGAUGGGACAUAAGUUAAAGUUUCACUGUGAUGAUGACUUCAGUCUGGAUGGCGCUGGACAAAUCGAGUGUUUAAAGACUGGGCAGUGGGACGCCCACUUUCCAACUUGCUCUGACAAAUGCAAAUUCACAGGAGACCCGGCGAACAUGAUCGUCCGAGCUCCAGGCUCAAGGCAUCGACUAGCUCAAGGAGAAAAGUUGACGUUUUCUUGCCGCCUGACGAGUCAAACUCUUCGUGGCAAAUCAGAAGUUACAUGUUUGGCAAACGGACAGUGGAGUGAUCCCUUCCCAACAUGUGGAGCUCCUGUGGGUUGUGAGCGACCACCGCCUCUUGAAAAUGGAGACACCAAGAACUCUGUGAAGUUCAACUACAGACACAAUGAUCAAGUUGAAUACAUCUGUCAGGCUUACCACAUCAUUGAGGGAGGACCCUUCCAAACGUGUAAAAACGGUGAAUGGACCAGAGAGAUCAGAUGCCUCAAACCCUGCACUGUUGACGAAGAAGCUACGAGGACACAUAACAUUGCGUUCAGAUUCAGCGGAAAGGGUCAAAUUUUUUCAAUCCACGAUGAUUCGAUCGAGUUCUACUGCACCAGAGGAAGAACUGUCGGCUCCGUGGGGAUGCGUCAAAUGUGCGUGGACGGCGUGCUGCACCUGCCCUCGUGCCAAUAAAUGAUAAACACUGAGGGGUCGUGAAUCAGUCCGGUCAUAACUACUGGAACUGAUGUACGUCAUCAUGCUGUGUGUCAUUUUAAGAAAAACUGUCAAAAUGACAAUAAAGUGUGUUGUAGUAUUCCACUUUGACUCUUUGUUGUGCUGAGAGGAAGAAAACACACAAUCAACUGCACAAUUAACUGUUAUUAUUUGCUUCUCUGAUCCUCGGUUUAUUUUGCAAGUUAAAAACAAGGAAGGCGGGAUAUCAGUAUGGAGGGAUCAUUGGAAAUGGACCAGCUCAUAGAAAUGGACUUUGGCUGGAAAAGUCUGAUACCGUCCUCAAUUAGGCCACAGCAGAAAACCUACUGGGGUAGAAAUCGAUAGACAAACUGUUAUGGUUAGAUCGUGGACCCCACAGCAGACACGGACGAGAAGUUGUAUGUAAGAAAUAAAGUUUAUUUCCUGGAGAUAUGGAAGCAGGGUGGAGUGGCAGGGUGCUGGCUGGCUAGUAGGUCCAGAGUGGAAACGAGGAAGCAGCAUCCAGCGGCAAGGCACACAAAGGUCUGGGUCAGUGUUAAUUUCGUUGACGAUAAGGAUAACGAAAAAUAUUAGUUAACGCCCCUUUUGCCAUGACUAAGACGAGACGAAGACGUAACGAAAUGGAUCUUUGAAAAUAAAAACUAUGACGAAAUAUAUUUUAAUUUUCGUUAACGAGACGAGACGAAACGAAAAUGUUGGCGGUUGACUAAGUCACAACAAUUUUUAAAAACAUAAUCGUAUCAGGCCGUCAUGAAGUACCCGGAGCGGCGAGUGUCUGUGUGUGUGUGUGCGUGUGUGUGUGUGUGCUCCCAGAUAGCGCUCCGUUCGCGAGGCUCCGCCCCCGCACACUCUCUCAGAGACACAGUGAGAUCAGAGCUCGUUCAUGUGAAGCAGCCGCUCACUGACUCACCGGCUGCUUCUUAACUAUGGAAACAGUGAAAACACAGAGUUCCUCUGGUCACAGCUGCUCUGAGAUCAGCGCCGCAGCUUCUGGAUCAGAGCAGAAGCUGCAGCUGGUUUCUACCGAGCUUCAGUUUCCUCCUCCGGUCUGAUCUGCUUUCACUUUUUUUCACAUUUCGCCAACGCCAACUAAAAUAUAUAGCCUGCAGCUAUAUGUUUUUAUUUAAUUUAAAAUAGGGUACUUCUUAUUUCAUACAUUUCCCACAAAUAUGGGGAUGACUCAAAUAACCCUACAUAGUUCUGCGUUUAAUUUAUUUCAAAGUAGGCCUACACUUGCCUGUGUAUUUUCUUCUCCUCUUCAUAAGCAUUUGGUGUUUCCCUUUGUUGUAACAUGUAACAAUAAAUAAAAUGUCAACAGUU